UUGAGUUGAAAGCAUCUCCAAGUUAUUGAACAUUUUUUGUAGUUUUUCGAAAACCGCUUUAGUAAAAUGUCAGACAAGGUAGAAUCCCCAGCUGUACCUGCAGUGGCAACUCCAAAGAAAGCUGCCAAGGCGCAGAAGCCCCGCGCCAAGGCCAGUCACCCGCCAGCGUCGGAGAUGGUGAACGCGGCCAUCGCCACUUUGAAGGAGAGAGGCGGCUCUUCGCUCCAAGCCAUCAAGAAGUACAUCGCCGCCACCUACAAAGUCGACGUCGAGAAGCAGGCUCCCUUCAUCAGAAAGUACCUGAAGUCUGCAGUCGCCAGCAAGGCUCUGAUCCAGACCAAGGGCAAGGGCGCUGCAGGGUCCUUCAAGUUGAACGUCGCCAAGGCCGAGGGCAAGGCCAAAGCCAAGCCCAAGACCAAGACUGCCGCCAAACCCAAAGCUGCUGCAGCACCAAAGGCCAAGAAAGCAGCUUCUCCGAAGAAGGCCGUGGCAGCCAAGACCAAGAAAGCCGUCGCCGAGAAGAAGAAGACCCCGAAGGUUGCGGCCAAGCCACCGAAGGCCAAGUCCACCACCGCCAAACCCAAGGUGACCAAGGCUGCUCCCAAGAAGGCGGCCAAAGCUUCGCCCAAGAAGGCGGCAGCGCCCAAUGCGAAGAAGCCCGCGGCAAAGAGGGUUGCCAAGAAGUAAAGUGAAAAGAAGUUGAUAGUGGAUGAUUGAGAAAACAAACGGCCCUUUUCAGGGCCACAACUUACUUUUUACGAAAGAAUUUUCUUUGUCUCAAACAUAAGUAUUUAGAAUAGUAGUCAACAAACUUCAAUUUAAUUCUUUUAUAUUUAUCAAAAUUUUAAAAGAGUACUACAAUGGUCAAUUCCACGUUACCUUUAAGUAUA